CACGUUCGCCCCCAAUACAAAACCCUCCCUCCGCUCCGCCUCUCUUCCUCUCUCUCCUCCUUCCAAACAAAACCCUAGACGUCUCCCGGGCGUGGGAGAUCAGAGGGGUUAUUUUUGAUAUAUUCUGGUCUCGUCUUCGAUCGCCGGAAGCGAUGGAGAUGCCGCAGGACGAUUUGGAUCGGCUCGUCUUCUUCGAGCAUGCCCGCAAGUCCGCCGAGGCCGCCUACGCCAAGAACCCCCUCGAUGCCGACAAUCUAACACGGUGGGGAGGCGCGCUUAUCGAGCUAUCACAAUUUCAAACUGGAGAUGAUGGUAUAACAAAUGAUGCUGUAUCGAGACUGGAGGAAGCCUUGGAGGUGAAUCCGAGAAAGCACGACACACUCUGGUGCUUAGGAAAUGCCCACACUUCUCAUGCAUUCUACACUCCUGAUCACGAGCAAGCAAAGCUUUGUUUUGAAAAGGCGGAGCAAUGUUUCCAGCAGGCGGCGGAGGAGGAUCCCGGAAAUGAGCUAUAUCGCAAGUCAUUGGAUUUAUCAGCAAAGGCACCUGAGCUGCAUUUAGAGAUUCAAAGGCAGUUGGCUGGUCAACAGACUUCAGCAGGAGUGUCGUCUGCAGGAACCUCCUCUACUUCAAAUGUGAAGAUGUCCAAGAAAAAGAAAAGCAGCGACCUCAAGUAUGACAUCCUUGGAUGGGUUAUCCUGGCAGUUGGCAUUGUGGCCUGGGUAGGGAUGGCCAAAUCUCAUGUUCCGCCCCCUUCCUCCUAGGUGAAAGGCCAGCUCUUUAUAGUUCACUCCUCCAACGGAAGCUUGCAGCUUUUUAGUACUUGGAUUUUGAGGUUCCUAUGUCCAAGUAAAUGACAGGUUGUCAAGGCUGAGGUGGAGAAAAUAGUCUACACCUAUAGCUUGCUUAAAUCACUUUGUGACAGUUCUAUUCUUUCUUGAGCCAGUCAUCAUAUUCCUUGUUAACUUGCGCAUGUUUUAAAAUUCCUUAUAUCCUUUAAUUUUGUUUUGAUGCAAAGAAGCCUUUUGUCACCUUAGCAAGUUUAACAGGGCUGUUUUAUUUGCAAUAAUGAUCUCUUUCCUUUUCUAUUUACCUUAAUUUAAGUAGUCUUGUACGAGAGGCUGUAGAGUUGUAGCAGAUCCUGAAUUAUCGGAAUCUUGAUUUUUACAUCAAAAUGGGGCUUCUUUUAUUGUUGCAGUUAUUUUUAUCA